AUGGACUCAAGCACCCUGAGAACGAAAUCCUCCAAUACGCCCAUUCAGCGCGGAGGGACACCUAAGACUAAACGUCCGACUCCGUCCUCCGCCCCUUCCACGUCCAUUCCUGGUCGACCAGAUAGCCGAAGCGCCCUCAGCAGCCCAGGCGACACCACUACAAUGUCCGACCAACAGGGAAACACGGGUAAUCAGAGAGCGCAGCUCCCUGUGCAUUUUCGCGGACUGCAAGCAAGAGAGGACGACAAUCCCUUCCUGCGAGGUGAACCCAGUGGCUUUGGCCCUCGCACAGCUCGUCAGGACAAUCGGGCGAACGCUACUCCAUCACGUGGCGGUCACCGAGGCUCUGCUCGCGGCCCUCGAGGUCGCGGCCGAGUCUUCCGUGGCGGCAGCUACGCUCCGCGCCCGGAUCCUCCAGCACAACCGACAGCUCCUCCUCGCGCGCCGGCCAACCCUUUCGCUCAGGGGCGCUUCGACGGCUUCGCAACGCUCCCUUCGGACCCUCCUCAGGCUUACUACCUGCAUUCGCCUCCCACACACCCUCCGCGCCCGGCUCUGCCUCCAGCGGCCACUCGCGUCCCGAUAGAGGGCCAAGGGUCCGACCACUCGCAGACCUUUCCGCGGAGCGCGGCUGGUGAUAUCGUCGCGCGUCUCCGAGACCUGCCUUCGAAUGCCGUCCGGAGCGAUGGCUCCCUCCGACUGACCCGAGACUGGGCACAAAGCAGAAUUGGUCUGGGAGACUUGCGGCGCUCAGCGACCACCGGACGACUCGUGCUGACGCCCGACUCGCAGCUGCGUCGCCUCGGAGCGAACCUCGGUGUCCCCGCCCUCUUCAUCGAGUGGAUGAUUGAGGAGGAUGGUGUGGGGGGAGAUACCAUCGAGCUCCCGGCGGCCGUCGCGCGACCUUUCUGGAGGUAUUGA